AACGCCUGCGGCUAGAACCAACGACUGAUAUCGAACCCUGCUUCGACUUCCACUUCGACUUUCAUGCCCACUUCGACUUCGUCCACCAAGCAAGCUGACCGCAACGGCGACUGAUAGUCGUUGUUUGUCUUGUCACUCGAGAUCGCGAUCGCUCAUCGUUCACUUGUCGCCCGGCUCGCUGUGGUCACAUUCCAACAUCGACUUCGGCUUCCAGCUUCAUUCCGAACAAACUCUCUCGCGAUCUUGCGUUCGUGUGUGUGUGUGCGUGCUUGUGUGUGUUUGGCAUUUGUUUUGCUUUGGCGUCGUCGCAGUUGCUUGGCCACUACUCUCUCUCUCUUUCUCUGUCUCUCUAGACGGGAUGCCGCUGCAUUGGUUCUAAUCUCGGCUUAAUCCAUACAGCCAUUGCAUUCUAAUUGUGCAUUCUUCAAAAACACACAAAAGUAUUGAUUGCAUCUUCAAUGCAAAUGUGAUAUGCGAGGAGCGUCAAUUAAAUCGAAAAGUUGCAACGCUGUCCGUGGCAAGUAUUCAUUAUGUGAACCAUCCAUGGAUCACGAGGAGUAGGAGUAGUAGCCAGCCAGCCAGCCAGCCAGCCAGCGAGCAUAAAAAGUAGCAGGUGCCUCACCCCAAUUCAAAUUUCGAAGCAGCGCAGCGCGGGCAGCGGACACAGGAAAUGCUGAAACACGCCUCGAAUGCGACGAGCAAUGCGACAGCGACGUCGACGUCGACGGCGACAGCGACGUCAGGAACAACUGCUGUUGCUGUUGCCACCACCAAUGGCCAGCUGCUGCGCACCACAAGCAAUUGCAACAGCAACAACAACAUCAACAACAACAACAGCAGCACUGCGAGCAGCAACAGCAGCAGUAAUAACAACACACCCUCAACGACGACGGCAGCAGGCGGCGGCAACUGCGGCAGCAGCAGCCCAGCUGCAGUUGGCAAUGCCACCGCCAAUGUUGCUGCUGCUGCUGCUGCGGGAGCGACGUCACCAACGCCAGCAGCUGUGGCAAGCACGGCACGCAACAUUCACCUGCGACCGCCGCAGCCGUUGAACAUCAGUGCGCUGAACGCGUCGACGUGCAGCGGCAGCAAUGUGGCACGUGGCAACAACACGAGCAACCUGCUCAACAUUGCCACAAUGCCAACGCUGAUGCCGCCAAUGAAGCCCCUCACACCGCUCACGCCCAAUGGCAACAGCAACAACAUUAGCAUCAGCAACAACAACAUCAACAACAACAACAGUCUGCAUCAUCAUCAUACGUACACCAAUCAACACAUGCUCGCGAGCAACAGCAGCAGCAGCAACAAUCAGUUGCACUUGCAGUUCCAGCAGCAACAUCAACAUCAACAACAACAUCAGCAGCAACAGCAGCAGCAAUUGCAAGCAGCGGGACAGCAACAGCAACUGAUUGCCAAUCACAGCAAUCACAGCAUGCUCAGCACCACCACCAACAACAACAACAACACGCUGCAUAAUUACAGUCAGUGCAACAACAACAACAACAUCAACAAUAACAACAACUUUGGCAGCAGUUUAAAGACAACCAAACAUGGACCAGGACCACGCGAAGUUCUCACCAGCCUAGGAUUGCUUUGUUUGGUAUCGCUCUUGUUGGCCUUGCUGUCGCUCAUCUUUCUGCUGAAGAUCUCGCCAAACAGUCGCGAGGAGGCGCUGAGCCGGAGCAGCAGCAGCAACAUCAAUACUAUCAGCAACAGUAACAACGAGGACUUCAUCAUCGUCUACGAUGUGACAUUGGCCCUCUGCGCUCUGUCGCUCUCUCUGAAUCUCUGCUGUCUGCUCGUCUGUGCCAUACAGUUCCUGUUCGCCGUGAAGCUGCUCCGCUCGCCGAUGUUCGAUGGCCGGGACAACAAGUACCUGGAGAAGUCGAGUGCCAGUCGAACGUGCGCCGUUAGCGGUUUCUUCAUCUCGAUCCCUGUUUUUCUCACCGGCAUCAUACUGUACACAUUCAAUCACUUCCAUUCGACGCCGGCGAUCAUUACGAGCGUGCUCAUCGGCGUUGGGAUUGUGUUCUGUGGCGGCGCCAUGGUGCACAAUGUGUUUGUGUGGCAGAAGGAGAAGACGAUCAGCUAUCGCAGUCCAAUUGCCCCGCUUACCCCAUCAUCACUUACCCAGCUCCCGCCGCCCGUUCAGUUCUAUCAUCAGCAGACGUCGCAGUCGUCGCAUCCUCAAGCUCAAGUGUUGCAUCACUCGCUGCUGCAUCAUCAUCAUCCCACCUCGGUGACGCCGGUGUCGCCAAAUCAUUCGCAUGGCAGCUUCAAUCCGCUGCUCUGCGCAGCUGGCGCCAUUCCAGCCACAGCGCCUCCGUUCCUUGUGCGUCCGGCAACGGCGACGCCGCCAACGCCGAAACCCAUCAACAUUGGCGUUGGCAUCGUGGCCACCACGACGGCCAAUGGCAGCUGUCUUUUGGGACGCGAGCUCAGCGGUUCGGUCAGUCCGGGGAUUCCCCCGACGCUGGACAUGAGCAACAUCACAAACAUUUCGCUGCACGAACUCUCGACACUCGUCUAACACAAAUACGCAUUAAGCUUUAGCUUUUAAGUUCUGUCCUCUUCUUGCCAACUAUUGUAAAUAUCUGUACAUAGCUGUAAUCAUUUUUUUUUGUCAUUGCAUUUAUUUAUAUUUAGUGCGCAUAACCCCAACGAUCACAAAAUCUUGAAAUCUUCAUGUUAUUAUAAAGUGUAAUUGG